AUGGAAGCGCAAGAGGAACUUAAAAGGAAAAGAACAAGGGACCAGGAUGCGGAAGAAGAAGCGAAAAGAAUCAAAGAAAAUGAAGACGUUGAAGACAUCGUAUAUUUGGACCCAGCCGAUGACCCACUUGAUAUUUCAAACCUAUCAAGACGCACGUCAACAACGUCCCUACAAGAUUUCUUCUCACCACAGAUCAGGGAAGAAGAAAAUGACGUAGAAUUCGACGUCGCAGCAGCAGAGUGGGCAAGAGUACAGAGCUUGCAAGAAGAAUUACAGCGUUAUUACCAAGACAGUAAGCAAGGGAAAAGAGCCACCCAGAAAACGAGGAAAACUGACGAAUUUUACACCGGCGUCACAAAAAGACUGAUAGCCAAAAUAAGAAAGCUGGAACAAGUACUGGAAGUGACUAGAAGUAACCAAGCUAACACCCAGGCCAGUCAAAGAGAAAACGAAAUUCAACUAAUUUUGGCAGAAGAAAACAGGAAAAGAGAGGCGGAUAUGGAAAAAAUACUCAACGCAAUAAUGGAGCAAAAAGAAAUCGAGAACAAAAAUAGGAAAUACCUACAAACACAACAAGUGCAGAUGAGAUUACAAUUAGAAAAAAUGGAAAAAGAGAUGAAGGAGAUUAAAGAAGCAAACAAGAAGAAAGAAGUAACAACGGAAGUAAUAGAGAAGGUAGUCCAUGAAGCAUUAGGUAAAGUAAUGGCCGAGAAAGGAGAAAGCAUCAUAAAACAGAAGCCGAUAGAAGACGCGAUCAAGAAAGGGUUAAGUAGCGUGCAGGAGGCAGUAAUCACCCACUGCAAAAGGUUGGAAGGUCCUUGGGAGACAGUGGAGAAGAAAAGACAGAAAAAAGGACCAAAGACAACGCACGAAAAAAUAGAAGAACAGAUCAAAGCCCCAUCCCCCGACACAAUAAGGAUGGUGGUUAAAAGUAAAAAAGCCACUAGAGGAGAAAAAGUAGUUAAAGAAAUUCAAGACACAGCCGAGCCGAUCAGAGGGAACCUGAAGGUGAAGAAGAUG